CACACACACAGCUGCUCGGAACCAUGACAGAAGAUGACGGAUACAGUUGUCGCGGAGGGACAAGUCAAGUUUAGAGAUGGAAAAAAGUGGAAGACUCGGUGUGUCGUCCUUAGGAAGCCCUCUCCGGUCGCAGACUGUCUGUCUCUGCUGGUGUACAAGGAGAAGAAGAAAGGGAAGGAGAAGGGCAGCGGCCACAAGGAGAGGCUCAAUGUAACCCUGGAGGGGAUCUGUGGCGUGGAGCCUGGGCCUGGGUACGACGGGGUCUCCUACACCCUCUCCAUCCUCUGUCUGGCUCACACGCUGGUCCUGGGCUUCAGCAGCCGAGAUGCCCUGCUGGCCUGGGAUGCUCACGUCCGCUACAGCCUGGGAGAAGUCCACAGGUUUAGUGUCAAUGUCGAGCCAGGUACCAAACUAGAGAGCGGCCCCGCCUCCCUCCACCUGUGCAACAACCUGUUGGUCCUCACCAGAGGCGUCCCGCCUGUCGCCAUCGGCCACUGGAAGUUGUCUGCGCUGCGUCGAUAUGGUGCGGUGCCAAAUGGCUUUGUGUUCGAGGGGGGGACUCGCUGUGGAUUCUGGGCUGGUGUUUUCUUUCUGUCCUGUCCCGAAGGAGAGCAGAUCAGUUCCCUGUUUGACUGCGUCGUCCGGGGCAUCACCUCCAGCAGGAGGCCUCACGGCCUGCGACCUGCCCUGCCAGAUCCCAAAGCUGAUCCAGUGUCAGCAGAGGAACGUAUCAGCCAAGAGGCGUCCGAGCUGGAGAAGAGACUCAGCAUGUUGUCUCAAAGCAGCCUCGCAAGCAGCACAGCUUCCACUUACAGCUUCAGCACAUCUGUGGCCGGGGACGACCACAGCAGCAUCUCCAGCUCCUCCUCCAGUCAGUCGGAAGCGAGCUAUGGAAGCAGACUUCCAUUCUGUGUGGAGCCGUUAGCUCGACCGCACCUCCCUAACGAGACAGCCUCGAGCUCGUCCACGCUGAAUGCUUUGACCGAUUCAGAUGACCGGCUCUACGCUGCUGUGAUGGGAAGUUCGGGGACUCGUCCGUCCUCCGCCCAGCUGCAUCCUCGUGGGCUCCAUGACAGCGGGCGGCAGAGCUCGUUAGACAGUGGGAUUGGGAUAGCAACAGGCAGCCAGUCAUCUUACUCAGGGAGCUUCUCCUCAUAUACUGGGAGUCUGGACAUGGCCAGCCAGGGAGGUGACGGGGGGUUUGGCUCUGUGGCCAGCCUACCUGCUCCGCCGCCUCCUCCUUCUUCACCUCCUGCUGUUCCUCCCCCGACUCCUCCUCCUUUUCAGUCCACACUUACCCCAGAGCACAGUUCUGCGACCCCCUCUUCCUGCCCUUGUGUCUCCAGAUCUUGCUCUCGUGCGUCCCAGAGGAACGGUGAAGAGUAUCAAAUCCCCAGCCUGCCGAGACUGCAGUACGACACCCCUAGGAGUCUGCUCAAGACCCUGUCCCUUGGGCAACCAUCCAUCCACGAAGGCCCCCCUGAGCUGGGCAGGUACAGCAGGAGCAGUGGGGACGGAUGGGGUAGUCAGGGACAAAGGUUAAGCAACAUCCCCACAGGACCCGGGGCUCAGCGUCAGGCCAUGGUGCAGCGCUUGCACUCAUGGGGCAGUGAGGGGACGCCCUCUGUGGACAGUGAGGGGACGCCCUCUGUGGACAGUGACGGGAGGUCCACACCGAGACCGCUUCUGGUCCCUGGAGGCCUGGUUUGUGGAGAAACACAGUGCAGUCCUGGUUUGGACAACUACAUAACACCAGAGCAGUGGCGGUCAGCGAGGAACAGAUGUUUGACUCAGGUUGCCAACUCUCCAUCAGUCCCGUCACCUUCUGCAGAUACACGAGAUGGUUUUCUCUGUUUGAGAGAGGAGCAGGAUGAAGCUGGUGAUACGUUAGCGGGUCUGAAGAGGUCGAUGCCCUCUUUGCCACCCUCUGCCCCCCCACCCCCCCCGCUGCCUGUUGCACUGAGCAGGCAUCGGCCAACAUCAGCCUGUGGUGUUCUCCAGUCUGCCCGUGAAGCUCCUCCGUCUGGAGCCCUGGACACUCGGCUCCACAGGGACAGCCUGGUUCAUUAUGUUAACAUCCCCGUUAGCGCCCGACCAGCUACGACUCACGGAGAGCUUCUCUACACAGAGCUGGACCUGCAAGAGCCCAUCUCAGCGUCAGUCUCCAGUGUGUACAGCGCCUUCAGAGAGGGCUCCAUGAAGUCCGCCCACCUCGACAUCACUACCAUGGAAACAGCUCAGCGAGGGGGCGGAGCAUGUUCGGGGCCGAGAGGACAGGCUGACUCAGCAGGAGAGCAGGCGCUGAGGGCUACCAAACGGACACUUCAAAACAGUUUUCAUCGCCGAUUCUUUCCAUCUCCUCCGUAAAUAAGCUUAAGUGCUUAAUUGCAGUUGAUCAUAGCAAUCACUGUUGUACUUAGAACACAGAAGUUAUGUCAGUGUUCCCACCAACAGUCCAUCCCACUAUGAAUAACAAUAGAAGGCCUUCUAAGAAUCACUCAGGUGAUCAUUAUAAAAUAGCCUUAAUCAUAAAGGAAUGCACUAAACACUAAUGUUAACCUGAUAAUAUAAGUAUGGAAAAAGGAUCGACA